AUGAAUAAACCUGAAUGGAUAUUUAUUUUGUGUGGAUGCAUUUGUAAUGGUGCUAUACAACUAGUAACGGGAAUUGUUCUAAGUAAAUUAACUGCCAGUUUCUUCUUUGGUUGUUCUGGUAAAGCAUUAACAAAACGUCUUCGUAUAAAAACAUUUGAAAUAUCACUUCGCCAAGAUAUAUCAUAUUUUGAUGAUCUAAAUAACAAUACAGGUACAUUAUGUACACGUUUAUCAACUGAAGCAACGGCUGUUCAAGAUGCGACUGGAAUUCGAUUUGGAAUUUUAUUACAAAGUUUUUAUUCACUUGCUGAUGAUCUUAUUCGAUAUACCAAACUACAAAAUCAACAGCAACCAUCAAAACUAAUACUCUAA